AUGCCAUGGCAUGGUGUACGCCCGGCACGCCCUCCGUCUGGCGGACAGGAGGAGAGCCUUCCUGGUGGUGCGAGCGAGGGAUCAGAAAACCAAGGAGGAGUGGAACACACGCGUUCACCUCCACCUCCGGACAGAUGGACAGGGAGAGACAACAGAACACAACAAACAGGUGAACUCAGUGAUGCAGCUGUGAUCAUGUUUCCAUGGCGUAGCGUGGUCGUCAGGGGUGACGGAUCUCUGAGGCGGGUAAAGAGGGACUGGGUCAUCCCCCUCAACGUCCCUGAGAACUCACGAGGACAGUUCCCAGAGGAACUAGUCAGGAUCCGGUCGGACCGUGAUAAGAACCGUCUCCUCCGGUACAGUGUGACUGGACCCGGUGCUGAUCAGCCUCCGACCGGGAUCUUCAUCAUCAACCCUAUCUCUGGUCAGCUCUCUGUGACCAAACCCCUCGACCGCGAACUCAUCUCCAACUUCCAUCUGCGAGCCCAUGCUGUGGACCUGAAUGGGAACCAGAUAGAGAACCCCAUAGACAUUGUCAUCAAUGUCAUAGACAUGAACGACAACAGACCAGAGUUCACACACACCAUCUACAACGGAUCAGUACCAGAAGGCUCCAAACCAGGGUCCUUUGUGAUGACAGUGACAUCAGUGGACAAGGACGACCCUAAGACAGCCAAUGGGAUGCUCCGAUACAAGAUUAUAUCUCAGAACCCUGAGAGUCCUUCUUCCAACAUGUUCACCAUCAACAACAAGACAGGAGGCAUCAUCACUGUAGCAGCAGGCCUCGACAGAGAGAAAGUUCCUCAGUACACACUGAUAAUCCAGGCUACUGACAUGGAGGGGAACCCCACCUACGGCCUGUCUAACACAGCUACAGCUAUCAUCAGGAUCACUGACGUCAAUGAUAACCCCCCAGAGUUCACCGCUGACACAUUUUAUGGAGAUGUGCAUGAGAACCGUGUGAAUGUGAUCGUAGCUAACCUGACAGUGACAGAUAAGGACCAGCCCCAUACUGCAGCCUGGAGGACUGUGUACAGGAUCACCGCUGGAGACCCCACUGGACGCUUCUCCAUCCCCACUGACCCCACCACCAACGAGGGACUGGUCACUGUGGUCAAGCCCAUAGACUAUGAGGGGAGUCGUUCCUUUGUGUUGACGGUGCUGGCUGAGAAUGAGGUUGCCCUGGCCCGUGGUAUCCACCUGCCCCGUCAGUCCACCGCUACCGUGUCUGUACGCAUUGCAGAUGUCAACGAGAGCCCAGAGUUCUCCCCCAACCCUAAAGCCAUCAAACUGGAGGAGGGGCUACCAGCCGGCUCGCUACUCACCACAUUCACAGCACAYGACCCUGACAGAUACAUGCAGCAGAACAUACGGUAUUCAAAGCUGUUUGACCCUGCUAAUUGGUUGGAGAUAGACCCUGUAAAUGGGCGGAUCUCCACCAUCGCUGUGCUGGACAGAGAGUCUCCAUAUGUGAAGAAUAACCUCUACAACAUCACCUUCAUGGCCUCUGACAAUGGCAUUCCCCCUGCCAGUGGUACGGGUACGUUACAGAUGUACCUUUUAGACAUAAACGACAAUGCUCCUCAUGUCUUCCCUCCGGAAGUGGAGAUGUGUGAGAAGCCUGAGCCCAACGCCAUCAACAUCACKGCCAGCGACCCCGAUCUGACCCCUAACGCCGGCCCCUUUGCCUUCGAACUGGCCAACCGGCCAGCAGACGCACGACGAAACUGGACCCUCACACGCCUCAAUGUGGUUUCAAUCAUCAUCACAGACUCAGGCAACCUGCCCAUGUCCAAUACAUCCUACCUGCAGGUCAAGGUGUGUCAGUGUGAUCACCAUGGAGAUUGUGUGGACAUGGAACGCAUCAUCGCAGCAGGCCUGGGCACUGGAGCCAUCAUCGCCAUCCUCAUCUGUAUCAUCAUAAUGCUAGUGAUGGUGUUGUUCUUUGUGAUGUGGAUGAAGAGGAGGGAUAAGGAACGUCAGGCCAAGCAGCUGCUGAUCGACCCGGAGGACGAUGUCAGAGACAACAUACUGAAGUACGACGAAGAGGGAGGAGGAGAGGAGGACCAGGACUAUGACCUGAGCCAGCUGCAGCAGCCCGACGCGUUGGAGACAGAAAUGGUGAAGGUGGGGAUCCGACGUAUGGAUGAGAGGCCCCUACACCAGGACCACCUGUACCCCCUCCGUUCUGCUGCACCCCACCCCGGAGAUAUAGGAGACUUCAUCCACGAGGGUCUGAAGGCAGCUGAUAACGACCCGACGGCGCCCCCCUACGACAGCCUGCUGGUUUUUGACUAUGAGGGCAGCGGCUCCACCGCCGGCUCCCUCAGCUCCCUUCACUCGUCUUCCUCCGGCGGAGACCAGGACUACGACUACCUCAGUGACUGGGGCCCGCGCUUCCGCAAGCUGGCAGACCUCUACGGAGGAGGGGACGACUAGGACUAGCCCCUUGCUGGGGCCGGAGAGGGGUCUGGGAAGGGGCGAUUGGUGGG